AUGUCCAAUCUGUACAGUGUACUUCUGGCCAGAUACCACUUAUUCCCUGAAGUGAAGACAAAAGGCUUGACGGCUUUGCCCAGACUAAUCCUCUUCACCUUAGCAAAUGUAUGCAUUACUAGUAUCCACUUUAGACCAUGCUUAUAUUAUCUAUAAACAUGUACUGACAAAUACCUUUUCCCCCUCCCCUAGAGUCAUUAUUCAGUCAAGAAAUCUGCAGCUGUCCUUGGUCUAGGGAGUGAAAAUGGUGUAGUGGUGAAAUGUGAUGACCGGCAAGCAAGAAGGGCAGAGUGA